AUGGCUUUGUUUUUAGACCAGACUUGUGAUUAUGUUCAUAAAAGGAACAAAGAAGGAGAAAUGGACUUAAUCUUUAACAAAUGUGAAGCCCGUUUUACAGAUGGUGUAAACGAUCACGCGCUCUCUUCACCGGAGGCAGACCGGACUGCGCAACCGGAAGCGCAGAGGAAACGGAAAAGGACGAUUUUUAGCCGCGCGCAGCUUUCGGAGCUGGAGCGCGCUUUUGUAAUCACACCUUACCCCGACAUCACCCUGCGGGAGAGGCUCGCUGCCCUCACCCUGCUGCCCGAGAGCAAGAUCCAGGUGUGGUUUCAGAACCGACGUGCUCGGAGCAUCAAGAGUGGCAAACUGACCAGACCCAUGAAGAAAAAUCCAGUCAUGUCUAAUUAUAACUCCGAAACCAUUUUCCCUCAUCCCAGUCCCACGCUUACAGUUUCUUCUCCAGCAGGCCAGAACAACAGACCUGAAGUUUACCAACCAUCUACCACAAACGACCAGCAGCAGAUGUCUAACCUGGAUUGGGUGAGGCAAGUGCUGUGCCCCUGGUCGCAGAAUCCACCCCAGCCUCCACCUCCAGUCCCGUCUAUAUCUCCUGACCUCUCUGGAGCGCUCCCUUGGGGAAGCCGGUCCUCGAAACCACCUGGAAGUCAUUCAGUCUCAACAGAUCAGAUGGCAAGACCAAUCCUUUCCUUACCCCAGCGCCAGUGGAAUGAGUGUGCUGAGACUGGCACCCAUACAGCGUCAUCUGGAGGCUUCUCAGGGAAACCUCAGUGUAACAUUAAUCAGAGUGGGUAUCCAUCUGUUCCCAUGGACCAGGUCGUUCCUUCACAUUCUGGACAGAGCUGCUGGCAGGGAAGUAUGCACAGACAGGGACAAGCUCUUAUGCAGUACCCUCAGACUUCCCUUGGAGACAUCUCUGACCUGAUCUACAGCGCUGCUGUCGUCACCAACCUGGCCGACUUCUGA